CUCCGUUUCCCAGUCGUUAUCGGAUGCUCGAGCCAGUAAGUCUCAGUCGUGAACGCUGUGCCUGUUGUUGACGGUUAGUUUUGUUAUCUGUAGUUAACCCUUGGAGGUAGAGGUCAGUUAUCAGUGGUUCAUAACGUUACUCGGUCCAGGAGUGCAAACCGCUCGAACUAUGUACAACCGCGCGGGACUGCUUGUACCGGGCCUUUUGCUGGUAGCCUUGUUCUCGGAAGGAUUAGCUCAAGGUCAACCGUGCACAAAUCCGAUUGGUCAAUCUGGAAUCUGUGUGUCCUUGAGGGAGUGCCAGCCUCUACUGAACAUCUACUCCAAGCCAGUGAUUACACCGGAUGAAAGUAACUUUAUCCAGAGCAGUAGGUGCGCUUCUGCAGCUGGAGGGAGAGCAUUGGUCUGUUGUGCUGGAUUAACCGCAGCUGCUGGCAAAGCUACCCUGUUGAAACCACCGAAUUGUGGCCGGGAACUUUCGAAUCGUAUCUUUGGCGGACAGGAAACCGAUCUGGAUGAAUUCCCGUGGACGGCACUUAUAAGAUAUCGCAAACCGAACGGACAAUUUGGGUUCCACUGUGGGGGUGCGCUUAUCAAUGCCCGGUACGUUGUUACUGCGGCACAUUGCAUUGAUGCUAUUCCACGCGGUUGGCAGGUGGUGAGUGUUCGCGUUGGUGAACAUGAUCUUUCGAACAACGGUCAGGAUUGUAAGGACGAUGUAUGUGCUGACGUUCCAGUCGAUCUUGGCGUUAGUAAGAUUAUCGUUCACCAGGAAUAUAAUCCCCAAGUAAAGAGCCAGUACAACGAUAUCGCACUGAUUAGAUUCGAUCGCGAUGUUUCAUUUUCGGUUUAUGUUCAACCGAUUUGCUUGCCGGUGGAUGAACCAGAACGAUCGCGUAACAACGUAGGAACGAAGGCCACUGCUGCCGGAUGGGGUCGGACGGAAACAGCAAGCAGCAGUCAAGUCAAAUUGAAGGUGGAGCUGGAUAUUACCGAUUUGGCUCGCUGCUCAUCCAUUUAUAGACCCUCUGGGUUGUCUAUACGCGACACGCAGCUGUGUGCCGGAGGAAAGAAAGGCGAGGACACCUGUAGCGGUGAUUCUGGUGGUCCACUGAUGAAACGCGUCAAAUCAAAUUUCUUCCUGUUUGGAAUUGUCAGUUUUGGACCAAACAAAUGCGGAACUAAGGAUGUUCCCGGCGUUUAUACAAACGUGGCCAAGUAUAUCGACUGGAUUGAGAAUAAUAUGGAAUAAAACAACCCCGUGUUUGUAGUGUAACAACUGUUACCAUGGAGGAAUUGAAGUUUAUAAUGCAGUGGAGUAAUAAAAUAUCGCAAUGGAAAUUUUA